CCUGCUGGCCCACCCCAUCCGAACUUCGCACUCUGCCGAGGCUGUAGAGCUGCAAACCACCGGCAGCGGCUGCUCCGCCAUUGGCUGCGCCGCGAAGCCGGCUGCGCCCUUAUUGGCUGUCGGCAUCGGCCGUUAGCGGCCGGGCAGGGCGGCAGCGCCGCUGCCGGGGGGAGGAGGGGGAGGGUCGCGGCCGCAGGUGAGUGCGGGGGCCGGGGCCAGAGCGGCAGCACGGGGCUCGGCGUGCGCUUCCAACGGCCGCGGAACGCCAGGCGCGAGCGCCGCGGGGGCGGCCGUUGGGGGCGGCCGUUGGGACGUUGGCCCGCUGCCUGCGCCGCGCCGGGUGGCUGCCGACAGGCAGGUCCUGCCGGUUGCCUCGCCCCGCCUGCGUCUCUCGCCCAGAGCAAAGCGUCGGGCUGGGGGAGUUCGCUUUGAGACUGAUAAUUUCCACCUUCUCUGCUCAAAGAGGGGGGGAAAAUGGAUCUCCUGCCAGAUUCAGCACCCCUGGCUACAAAACUGCAGAACACUCUGGUUCAGUACCACAGCAUCGGAGACAGCGAAUGGCGGAUUGCUAAGAAAACUAAAGAUGCUACUGUGUGGCGUAAACCAUCAGAAGAAUUCAGUGGAUACCUCUACAAAGCUCAAGGAGUGGUGGAAGAUGUUACUAACAGAAUAGUGGAUCAUAUUCGCCCUGGACCUUAUAGGCUAGACUGGGACAGCUUAAUGACUGCAAUGGACAUUGUAGAAACAUUUGAAGAGAACUGCUGUGUGAUGCGCUACACCACUGCGGGCCAGCUCUGGAACAUCAUAGCACCAAGAGAGUUUGUUGAUUUCUCUUACACUACAAACUAUGAAGAUGGGCUUCUAACAUGUGGUGUAAGCCUAGACUAUGGAGAAGUGAGACCUAAUUUUGUCCGUGGAUUCAAUCACCCUUGUGGUUGGUUCUGUGUCCCACUUAAGGACUACCCUCGCCACAGUCUUUUAACAGGUUAUAUUCAGACUGAACUGCGAGGGAUGCUACCACAAUCUGCAGUAGACACUGCCAUGGCUAGUACCCUGACUAAUUUCUACGCUGACCUCAAAAAGGCACUGAAAACGUAGUCAAACCGAUUUAGAAGUCCAUGCGUUUCAUGCAAUCAAAUUACAUUGUAUAGUUUAGCAUAGAUUAGCUACUCAGUUCAGAGGCAAGUAACAUUGUUCCUGAAUGAUACCUGAAGCUUUAUGUAGAGAGAUCCAAACAACUUUACCAAGUACUUUUUGAUGGGAAACCUAGCCGGACUGCACGCAUUCCUAAUUCACAGCACAAGAUUUUGUUUCCUGCUCAGCACUCUCUAGCUGUGCAAGGUAUGGUCUGAACAUAUAAACCCUCUGCUUCCUGGGAGGAUAACACAAGAUGCAAGCCUGGGCUUGAUAAAUGCAGCAUGAAGUCAGCUCUCACCAACAGUACUGAGAGUGGAGACUGCUCAGAAUUUUCAGCAGGUGCAGGUCACUGUGCAGGCAACAUCUCAUUGAAUAUGUUAUUUUAUAAUCUAAUUUUUUAUCUUUACUUUAGAUUUUUGAGCUAUGUAGUGUGUGCAGGCACAUAUAUAAUUUCUGUACAUUUUAGUUUAUUGCUCUGUAAUAAUUCUGGGUUUUAACAGUCUGCUUUGAUUUACCUUAUGGGUGUUAUAGCUGAGUUUUUAAAUGAUACUAUUCAUUAGAAAGCUAUUUGCUUAUGUUAGCAAAAGUAAGUAUUCAUUAUUGGCAUUUCUUUCGUGUUGCAACUGUAAUGUAAUUAACUGUUGUAUGCAACAGUCCCAGUGCAUAGAUAAUGAAAUGUCUUUACAGCUGAUGCAAAGCUCAUUUAAGUCGUCAGGUGUCUUUCCAUCAUUUUCAGUAGGCUUUUAAUCACAUGCUUAAUCAUCAAAAUAGCAAACCUCCUGCGGUUCCUCUGUGGUACUCUGCACUUCUAAGUAGUUUUUACUUAGAUUUGCAUGAAAUCAUGUUUCCAGUUUAAUUUUUGCCUUUCUUGACAGAAAAAACCUGAAAUUACUGAAACUACAGCCAGGUCCACUAGCUCACUUUAGCCCAGGCAGCAGUGUAGCCCAAACAGCACAGACUUGCUGCAUACCUGGGCAGGUUGCCAGGCCCAGCUACCUCAAGUGUGCCUGUGCUGGUGCAGCACACUAGGGUGUUCUGUGGUAAUACCAAGACUGAUAUUUGCAACGAGUGAAAUAAACAUUUUAAAACAUGAGCAGCUGAAGGCUGAAAACUCAAGCUGGAGAGUUGCUCAGGGCCACUGAAAGCUGAAGGGUCAGACUUUUAAGAAUAAUGAGCCACCUAAUGAUGCUGAUAGGGACAUAGUGGAGGGAUUCAAAAGCUUACUGUCUACACUGCUGGGAAGCUGAAUUCUCUUUAAAACCCUGUCUGGAGCAUUUAAAUGUUUGUAUGCAUCAUUUGCUCAAGAGAAGGCUGUAAUGAUCUCUAUGUUUUACCAGUGCUAAUAGAGACAAGCUUAGCUGCAUAGUAGGUUAGGGAAAAUACCUUGGAGUCCUAAUGUUUCAGGGGCAUGUUGCAUACAUUCAUUCCUAAGGGACAAGAGCAGGCUGUUUACUUCAGUUGUUUGUUCACGUGUCCAGAAAGCAUAAGGAACUCUUUGGAUCUUAGUGCUUCCAAUAUUUAUUUGUGAAUGCCAGCUUUCACAAUCCAAGGACUGGUAGAAAACAGUCUGAAAAACACAUUCAGAUGAGAUUAUUUUUGAAGUGUGACUUUGCCCUCUUCUUACUGUGCUUUCGGAGAUCCUUGUAUACUCCCUUCCCCUCCCCAAUCCACCCAGCAUUUUUGAGCAGACAUUGAUUAGGCAAGGUCAAAUAAAGUUAUUUCCCUGCAAUAUUGGCUCUUUGAACACUGGCCACAGUAGCUGAACUCUGAACAGUAGGGACUUUUCUGUCUCAUUGGUUGAGCAGAGAGGUAGGGAGGGCAGGGGUAGGAUAUUAUAUAUCAGUGAGAGCUUUCCCAGUUUGCUUCACCUACUGAAGCAUUUAGUACUGCACUAGAGCAUUUAGUUUAAGACACUUAAAGACAGUGGCAUCAAACUCACUUCUGUGUCUUCCCAGGCAGAAAAUGCUACCUCCCUGUCGGGUUUGCAUAUUCUGCAGUUGCUUUUAAAUUCUGUGGUUACUCUCCCAGUUUUUCCUAUUUUCCUCCCAAUGUUGGGAAUUCACAGGGUAAUCUUUUACUACCAUUUACACUGAGGAACGAACAUCAGCAGACAGGCUUUUCCUGAAUGCUAGGAUCCACUCCUUUCUAGCAGUGAGAGGUGCUGGUACAGAGGCAAGUAUGAAAGCCCUGGCAGUACUGCUCCAUACGAUGAGCACUGAUGUGAUUACAGAGGAAACUGUGUGAAGUGUACCCUAUUGAUUCCUCCCAAUUAUAGGAAUAAAAGUAUAGUGAAUAUGAAUAUUCAUGGUUCCUUUUUUGUAUAUGUACAUCUAUAUCACAACUCCUUCAAUUAGUCAGCAGCUUUAAAAAGAGUUCUAUUGCUCUAUAAAGAGCACAGUUUAAAUCUCACAGAGACAUUUCAGUGCUAGACAAACAAGUCAAAAGAAGCACAAGACACUUUUAUAGAAGGAUGUUUGUACAGUAGUAGGCACUGCAGAAAAGUUUUAAGAAGUCUCUGUUCCAAAUGGCCAACAUAAGGGCCUGAUCUAACUCCUCAAAGUAUCUAGUCUUAUUUGGUGUUCAUAGAAAUGGCAAAGGAGAUAGGCUGAUGAAGCACAGAGCAGCUAAGGAAAAAUGUGUUUAAAUGGAAGAAAAUUUGUAGCAUAUUUUAUGUGUGAUGUUUACAAGCAUUUCUCCAUGCAAGUUUCCUUUUUAAUCAACAGAAUUGUUUUCAGUAACAGGCCUAGGGAUGGAAAGAUUUUGUGAAUAAGGGCGAAGUUUCCAAAAGCAGAGUAGGCCUCCUAUGUUGCAAUGCAGUAAUUUGUUCCUUAAACGCUGAUUAAACUGGCUUUGUAUGUUUUAAGACAUACACUAUUGCCUCUGCCAAUGAGUCUGAGCAUUCAAAUGAACAACAGAGUGAAGACUACAGGAGGCAGAGAACAGAGGUCGUUUUUUUUUUUUUUUUCUUUUCCUUUUUUUUUUUUUUUUGAAUCUGAGAAGACAUUUUGCAAUUCUUCAGUUUUCAGGUUAGCAGAAAUCAGAGAGAAGGUGCAAACAAGUUUUAGGGAUUUAUUUGGGGACAUCUCACAGUUCUAAAUAUAUUUCUAACUUAUGAGUGUAAUGACUACUGACAAAGUAUGCUGAUUAUGCUGCUGAAGCAAUGCAUAGCUGGUACCCACACAGUUGUUAUUCCAUGCAGCUCAGCUAAAGAGUAAUACAGAAUUAUAAUGAACAUGUCCAGUUUCAUAGGAUGUGUUAGAGUUGUUUGAAACUGAAACUUAUUUUCCUUUUAUAUAACUAGGGAUUGAGAGGACUGUUAGAUCUCUGAAUAGAGCUAUUCCUUUCGUUCCAAUUUCUGCCAAAACCUCUCUUGCCAACCAGAAUACCCUGAGAGUCACGGAAGCCACAAAACCAAAUGCUGAUCCAACCAAGACCUCUUUCCCUGCCUGGCAUCGUUUUCCUCCCGAGUUAGUGGUCAGUCUGGGAGUCGAAACAGCACAAACGGGAAGGGGGUUGAAGGGAGAAAGUGCAGGAGCUCUUGUUUUGCUUGUUAAGAGGUACUAGGGAACAAAGUAAAUUCCUUAGCCUAGAUUCCCAUCAUACUCACAGUACCAAAUUUGCAAAUUUGUGAGGUUUACCAGUACUUCUCAUUGUCAGGGUGAGGCACAAGCUGACUGCAAUACUUGAGUUUAAGAGUGUUUCAGAUAAACUAGAAUAUAGGACAGUGUCAUCUGAAAGCAGCUUCUGAAUGAGGAGACGCCAAACUUGGCACCCCCAAAAUAGCAGAGACCAGUUUUUGCUAGAGAGUAGGCAUGUAUAUAGACAUAUCAGAAUUAUUUUUAUAUGACCAAUAUUUAAAAAAUUUAUCUUUUAUUGUAGUCUAAUCUUUGGCACUUUAACUAGGUCCUCUUUGUACAUAGGAGGGGUGCCUAAAGAUGAGACCAUUUCCAUGGUUGGCUUCUUUUUUUCCAUCCAAAACCUCCAGCACAGAGUCUUGCCUGUAGUUGUGCUGCUUAUUUUGUAAGCGCAGCAGCUAGAGGUUGGUGCAGUUGGGAGCAGUUCAACAUACUCUACUACAGCCUGCUGGGAGGUAAAGCAGUGCUCUAGCUAUAUACUCUGGGAAGAGCACAAGCUUUGAUUCAAAACUUGAUAAAUUUGUAAUGCUUUUAACUGACAGAAAUGUUAAGAAAGUGCAUAAUUCUUCCAUUAAAUCAGAGAUAACCAAGAAUGGAGAUACUGAACCAUUUUCAAGGUGUGAGCUACAAUCUACAAGGUUCAUUGCUGACCAAGUAGCCAUAGUUCUACUGAAACCAGUCAAGUUGUGCCUAUGUUUAAAAAGUCAAUGUUAAUCUAUCUUAACAGUGGUUUUAGCUGAUUGUGUUCAGUGCUGAAGAAAAUUGUAUUUAUAUUUUGAAUGCGAUUACAGAAUAAAUUAAAACAUGAACUCCAGA